AUGACGGCGCCAGGAAGGCUCCUUGCGUCGGGUGUGCAGGGUGACGUGUACUUAAGUCGUCGCACCACUCUCGUGGCAGUCAAGGUGGUCCACGCCCCGAAGGACGGGGACGAUCCACAGUUGAGACCACAUAACGCCGCCCGCGAGGCGCGCCUCCUCGCCAGCCUCAGGCAUCCUAAUAUCGUCACUCUCCUAGAUUACACCUACGACGGCGCACACUACCUCACUCUCGAGGCGCUGCCACUACCUCUUCCCAUCGUCAUGUCCAACCGGGCAGCCUUCAUGUCCGUCGCGCGCGGUCUCUUCUCCGCCCUUUCCUUCCUCCAUUCCCGCGGGGUAGCUCAUCGCGAUAUCAAGCCGGACAACGUCCUCCUCUCAGUCGAGGGGAUACCAAAACUCAUCGACUUUUCUACUGCCUGCACCGAGGGGGACAACUCGGUGUGCCAGGUUGACCGUAUCGCGCUCCUGAACUGCUUUUCGGGCCGCAUAGGUAUGACGCGCGAGCGCUGGAUCUACUCCAGCAGCUCGAUAAGCAGUCCUGGCAUCUCGGACGAUGGUACGGCCCUCUUCAACGCGGCGUUUGGCGACCUUGGGCUAGCAGGCAGCAUAUUCAGCCUUUUGGGUGCGCCAAUAUCUGAGACGUGGCCUUCAUUCACGACCCUCCCCGAUGCCGACAAGAUACAUUUCGACCCAAAGGCCGCAAAGGACAUUGGGAGCGUGCUGCACGCCCCCGAGGGCGCAUUACGUAUCCUCGAAGCUGUACUCCGGCUCGAUCCGGCACAGCGGGUCAGCGCGGAGACUGUGCUUCUCAUGAUGAACGAGGAUGGCGACGGCGUGCUGGACGAGAUCAAGGAACGCGCGAUGUCGGAGUGGGAGAAGAUGGAGCAGUUCCUUGAGACAGGGGAGCAGUGGCUGGGGAGAUAUACCUGA